AUGGGGUCCCGCAUACCUCCUGUACCGGAAGCGCACCCAGAAUUAUUCCCCCGUUCUGUAGUCUUCCCUCCGCCACAAGAUACCCAGGAAUGUGUGGACAAGCCAACCAUCGUCAACAUCUUGACAAACCGUAACAACGAACAACGGCAGGACAUCGUGUUUGCUUUCCAGAGAAGGAACAAGAAGGAUCUACCUGCAGCUCUGAAAUCUGGUCUGUCUGGAAACCUGGAGACGGUUAUGCUCGCCCUCUUGAAGACACCCGCACAGUACGAUGCCAGCUAAUUGAAAGCCACCAUGAAGGGUCUGGGGAUGGACGAAGACUCCCUGAUCGAGAUCAUCUUUUCACGGACCAACUCUGAACUCAAUGCAGUUAACAAAGUCUACAAAGAGAUGUACAAGACUGAUUUGGAAAAGGACAUUUCGGACACACCUGGUGAUUUUCGCAAGUUGAUGGUCGCGCUGGCCAAGGGGAAGAGAAACGAGGACUGCUCGGUGGUCGACUAUGAGCUGAUUGACCAGGAUGCCAGGGACCUGUAUGACACCGGUGUGAAGAGGAAGGGAACCGAUGUUGCUAAGUGUAUCAACAUCAUGUGCGAAAGGAGCCAUCCUCACCUGCAGAAAGUAUUUGAGAGGUACAAGAGCCACAGCCCCUAUGAUAUGCAGGAGAGCAUCAAGAAAGAAGUCAAGGGAGAUCUGGAAUGCGCAUUAUGUAACCUUGUUUCUCACAUCCCUCUUCAACUUUGUGACAAGAAUGGGGUGGAGGAAGGGUGA